AUGGUCAGCACAGCUGCGCCAACGCCAGGCAACGCUACUCCAGCAUCAUGGUCACGACCAGCAUCACUGUACCCAGUGGGCGAUUUCCGCAACUCACAAGCCGAGGAUAUCAAUGAGAUCAAGUGCGAUGUCAUGGUCAACUGGCUUUACCAACAGCAAAUGGAGCGUCUCUGGACUGCAGGGGGAGUGGACGAGGGUGUUGUCCUCAAAAAGUCAAGAGGACAGUACGCCUGCUGUCCUGCUGACAUCGUCGAGGAGCCAUAUGGCUUUGCAAAAGCCAUUGAGACUCUCAACGUCAGGGUAGCCAUGACUGUCAACACGAGAGUCAUCAAGCUCUUCCUUCACAACAACGAUCGAUCGUACGUUCCGUUGAAGAACGGUCUCCGACUCCAAGUCCUCCCGGACAUCUCCUACCUUCCUCGUUGCCAAAAACAUCAGUUCGCUGCUUUCAUUGCAGACCGCGGUCUUUUGGUCGUCUGGGACGACGAGCCUCGUCACCUGCUUGAUCGCGCUCACAAGAUCGAAAAGUCACUCAUGGAGAUGAUUUGGGACGACAACUCUUCCAUCGACGAGAAGAAAGAAGGCAGCGUCGCUGUGAACGAAGUAGAUGGCUCUGAAAGCGGUGCAGAUCUGGAGGCCAACGGUUCGGAGAAGCCCAGGAGCAUCGUGCUGUGGCAAGCUAUCCUAUGUGCUGCCACUCUAGCACUGUCCAUCCUCUGUCUUGGUCUUGGUGUCAGACAGCUCGCGAUUCAGACCGCAGUCGACAAGUCUUACAUCCGCAUGGCCUUGAUCGUUGUGCUCCCAUUGCAAUUCUGGGUUGGUUUGUUUUUCUUCCAAUCGGUGAUUGGCAACCUGGCACAGCUCAUUGGACCCAUCUCGCAAAUGUCUGCCAAUACCAAAUACUACUCCGGUCUGAAGCCCAAGCGUCUCCGACGCGGCGAAAAUGGUCUCCCGCACAUGACGAUUCAGAUGCCUGUCUACAAGGAAGGUCUCAAGGCUGUCAUCGAACCGACCAUUGCUUCCAUCAAGAACGCGAUAUCUACAUAUGAGAUGCAAGGCGGCACUGCUAACAUCUUCAUCAACGAUGAUGGUAUGCAGCUUAUCAGCGAAGACGACGCCCGCGCUCGCCAGGACUACUAUGAUGAGCACAACAUCGGCUGGGUUGCUCGACCAAAACAUACCCCCAAACCCGCUGAGGGCGAGGAGGUCUUCCUCCGCCGCGGAAAGUUCAAGAAGGCUUCCAACAUGAACUACGCCAUGUGGGUCAGCAACCGUGUCGAAGACAAGCUUGCUGUUGUGGAACGUCGUCAAGGCUGGAACCAAGAGGAUGAGGCCAAUGCAUACCGCGAGGCGCUUUCCGAGGUCGUCGAAGAAGACCAAGGCCGAACCUGGGCUGAUGGAAACAUCCGCAUGGGUGAUUAUAUCCUGAUCAUCGAUUCGGACACUCGUGUGCCCAGCGACUGCUUCUUGGACGCCGUCUCGGAGAUGGAGGCAUCGCCACAGGUCGCCAUCAUUCAGUACUCUUCCGGUGUCAUGAACGUGACCGACUCCUACUUCGAGAGGGGAAUUACGUUCUUCACUAAUUUGAUCUACACUGCCAUCCGUUUCGCUGUCGCCAACGGUGAUGUCGCGCCGUUCGUCGGACACAACGCCGUCCUUCGUUGGUCUGCCGUUCAAUCUAUUGGCUAUGAUUGCUACUUUGGUGAUGACCGCGAGAAGUUCUGGUCCGAAGAUACUGUGUCCGAAGAUUUCGACAUGGCUCUCCGUCUUCAAACUGCUGGCUACCUCGUCCGUCUCGGUGCUUACCAGGGCGAUGGCUUCAAGGAAGGUGUUUCUUUGACAGUGUACGAUGAACUGGCACGUUGGGAGAAGUAUGCUUACGGCUGUUCCGAGUUGAUCUUCCAGCCCUUCCGCUACUGGCUCACUCGUGGACCAUUCACAAAACUCUUCCGCCGCUUCAUUGCUUCUGGCAUGCCCCUCGCAUCCAAGUUCACGAUCAUGGCAUAUGUUGGUACUUACUUCGCGCUUGGAACUGCUUGGGUCUUGACACUUGCCAACUACUUCCUGAUUGGAUGGUACAACGGCGCACUGGAUCACUACUAUCUCUCGUCAUGGAAGAUCUGGAUCGCCAUUGUCGUCAUUUUCUCCGGUCUUGGCAAUGUCUCCCUUGCUGUCCUGAGGUACCGCACUGGGGAAGCGACUCUAUUCCGCGCGAUUAUCGAGAACUUCUCCUGGGUACCACUUCUCAUGAUCUUCCUUGGCGGUGUCUCUCUGCACGUCUCGCAGGCUCUGCUAUCGCACUUGUUCAGCGUUGACAUGUCAUGGGGAGCCACGAGCAAAGAAGCAACGGACACGACUUUCUUCGCAGAAGUGCCAAAUGUCAUCAAGAAGUUCAAGGGCACCUUCAUCUUCUGCUUCGGUUGCAUCGCAAUGAUGAUUGUGCUGGCAAUCGGUGUGCCUUACUUUUGGAAGAUUGAUCAGUUCAUUGCGAUUUUCCCCCUCUGCACUGUUGUGGCUGGGCAUUUCUUAUUACCUGUGGCACUCAACCCAGGUCUGAUGAGGUUUACAUGGUAA